AGAAGUACUCGACUGUCGACUACGUUAUUGUGCUGCGGUUGUAACAGCGUUAUCGUAGUGGCUUGCGUGUAAAGUUUACAACUGUUCGAUCCCUUGAAACUUUGUAUUAUCCUUAAGCUUCAACAUAAAGUGAACUACAAAUUUCCGAAGUUUCAAAAAAUGAACAUAUAAAGUUCGAGUUGACGAUUUCUUUAGUGUUUCGUUGUUAUAAAAGUUUCUACCUGUACGUAAUAUAAGAAGUGUUUUUCGGCGCAACGGUGGACCCAAGCGAGCUUUCGCUUAUGUGCCAGGCAGCCGAACCUUCGUUUUGUUAUUAUGCGAUACUGAACGGCUGCAGAGGGACCUAAAAGCUGCCGAAGAGAAAAAUGAAGCCCGUAGACUUUGGACGGCCGAAGAAGAUUGAGAUCUAAAAAGGACUAAAGUUAACCAACCGUAAGAAAUAAUGAAUAUCAUUCGUAAAGAUUUAUGAGCGGAUGGGCUCGUCAUGCCUGUUUCAAGGAGUUGUAUUUUUACAUGCAAAUAUGAGGCAGUUCUAGUGUUUUUGGUGUUACACGAAUUAAUUGGAUUUUUCACUGUCUGCCAUGCGUGGUUACCCGAUUCAUCAUCAAAAAUCGUUAACGAGAUAGGACAAGUCAAUAGUAUUCAAUUUGCUGGAAACUAUUCGCGGCCAAAUCAUUUUACAAUACUUAACAUCGAUAAUGAUUCGGUAUUGAUCGGUGGACGAAAUGCCAUCUACAACUUAAGUAUUUACGACUUAUCGGAGAGGAAAAGUCGACGGAUAGUAUGGCAUUCAUCAGAGGCAGAUUCUCAGUUGUGUAUUUUAAAAGGAAAAACAGAUGAUGACUGCCAAAAUUAUAUCAGAAUAUGGUUUCAAGUAGACAAUGGCGUCACGCUUAUUUGUGGCACUAAUUCCUAUAAGCCUCUUUGUAGGCAUUACAAACAUAACAAUGGAGUUUUCAUGGUGAGGAAUGAAAUCGAUGGAAAAGGAAAAUGUCCUUUCGAUCCUAAUGACAAUAGUACGGCUAUUUUUAGUAAAGGCCACUUGUACACUGCAACAGUAGCUGAUUUUUCUGCAGCCGAUCCCUUGAUUUAUAGGGAACCGCAGCGUACCGAAACUUCUGAUCUCAAACAACUUAAUGCCCCCGAUUUUAUUAGUUCGAUUAGUUACGAAAACUUCGUAUUUUUCUUCUUUCGGGAAACCGCCGUGGAAUACAUCAAUUGUGGAAAGAUUCGGUAUUCAAGAGUUGCUCGGGUUUGUGAAAACGACAAGGGCGGUCCCGGUCCUCGUCAAUUUCGUGAAAAGUGGACGUCUUUUUUGAAAGCUCGCAUGAACUGCUCGGUACCCGGCGAAUAUCCAUUCUAUUUCGACGAAAUUCAGUCUGCCAGCGACGUGGUGUCGGGCAAAUAUGGGAAAAGCUCUGAAAGUUCCAUUAUUUAUGGAGUAUUUACGACCCCUAGCAAUGCAAUCGGAGGGUCGGCUAUAUGUGCCUACAACAUGCGAGACAUAAUGGCUGCUUUCGAGGGAAGCUUUAAAGACCAAGAAAAAUUAAACUCCAACUGGCUUCCCAUACCCGAGAGUAGGGUUCCAUUACCAAGACCAGGGCAAUGCGUUAACGAUAGCAGACAGUUACCAGGAAAUGUGGCAAUGUUUGCCAGAACUCAUUCAUUGAUGGAAUCUGCCGUUCCUGCUAUCCACGGAAAACCUUUGUUGAUUAGAGUCAGUCUUCAGUAUCGUUUUACAGCAAUAAAUGUUGACGCUCAGGUCCACACAGUAAACGACGAAACUUUUGAUAUUCUCUACAUUGGGACAGACGAUGGAAGAAUCCUGAAGGUAGUCAAUGUACAUCACGCUGACUCGUUCAAAGGAGUCGUCAUUUCCGAAAAUACGGUUUUUUCAAACGGAUCUCCUGUAAAACAGAUAAAAACUGCCCCAGGAUAUGGAAAUGUAAUAGCUGUUACCAAAGACCAAGUUCGAUUAGUGAAUCUAAAUCAUUGUUCAAAAGUAACAGAUUGCAGAAAAUGCGUGGAGCUGCAGGAUCCUCAUUGCGCGUGGGAUACCAAAAAAUUCCAAUGCGUAACUGUAGAAGGCACUUCAAAUAAUAAUAGAAGAAGCUACUUAAUCCAAAACAUCAUGCGCGGAAUGGACCGAAGAUGUUGGGCACCAACAGACGAAAAAUUGUCUGAAGAAAAGGAGUCCGAAGAUGAUAACAUAAAGAAUGAAAUAAUUGAUGACUACAAAGACGGUCGGAAUUCGGUGUUCACGAACAGUAAAGAGCGUGAUCAUGAUUAUGAAGACGUAUUGGCUGAUAAAAGUAUUAGUGGUUGUACAGUUCGACAAAGGCUGCACAUAGUCAUCAUUGGUUCUUCAUUAGUAAGUUUGUUCUUGGGUUUUAUCGGUGGUUAUAUAUUCUCGAAGAAAUUUCACCACCAACCGCAGUAUCCAGAAGCACCAUUCAUCGAACAGCACAACCAUUUAGAAAGACUGAGCAAUCCCCCGAAUAGUUUUUUGGCCCCGAAAGCAAAUAAAACGGUAAACUUAGUAGUGAAUGGACCACAAAAUUCUCAACCUCUUAAAAAAGAUAACUUAGAAACGAACAAAGAUUUAAAUAUAGCCAGUGAUGGGACACUUCAAAAAAUCAAAAAGACUUACAUUUAAGCGAGAAGUCGAUGGUGAAAAAAGUUAAGUGAAUUUAUUAUAUUAGCGGUUGUACCUGUGUUUUUGAAAAGGACCAGUAGCCUUUAAUUGUUAAUGACUAGAAUCGUUUUAAGCUAAUUACUGUCGCAUGUCCCUAGAUUAUUUUUUUUUUAACGCAGUUGACAUUGUUAUUAAUUUUGAUUGGUUAAUGAUUUUGGCUUUAAAAGUGAACGCAUUUUUAGUGCCUUCACGAAAUUCGACAGAAAAAAACUAAACCUUAAUAAAUAUCAAUACAAUCACAAUCGUAGAUUAUUGGCUAUAAGUGCUAAAUGAGGCUAAUUGUGAUAAGAAUGAUGUACCAUUUGAUUUUUAUCUUGGAAAGAUAACAUUUUUGUGUUUCUGUACUAA